CUGCUGGUCCUCGGGCGGUGUUUGAGUGUCUGAUGUACAUACACAGCCCGGCGUCCAGAGCGGACAUGCGGCGGCUCCAAGGGGAGAAGGACUCACGCAUCUCUCGGUGGGCUUUAAUUGGGAGCGUCACCUCCCACACCGCGUAGGCCUACUGAUAUCGGUCCCGAAUGAGUUGCAGCCAUGGAGCAAGUUCAGGUGAAAGAGAUAGAGAAGAUCAACCCAGCGGCGACGGCCAACUGGUUCUCAAAGAUUUUCUUCUGCUGGCUGAACCCCUUGUUUCGUAUCGGUUACAAACGGUCCCUGGAAGAAGAAGACUUGUACAACGUGCUGCCGGAAUUCCGCUCAAAAACACUGGGGUUGACCUUGCAAAGCUACUGGGAUGAAGAGUGCCUGAAGAGUGCCAAAGAGCUGAAGAAACCAAGCUUCUGCAAAGCCGUCAUCCGUUGCUACUGGAAAUCCUAUUCACUGCUUGGCAUCUUCACAUUCAUUGAGGAGGCGACCAAGAUUGUCCAGCCGGUGCUGCUGGGGUACCUGUUGCGCUACUUUGAGACUUAUGACCCCAAUGAUUACCAUGGUCUGGAGCUGGCCUGCUACUACGCCCUCGGCAUGUCCCUGUGCCUCCUUCUGCUGGCGGUGAUGCAUCACAUAUUAUUCUUCAAUAUCCAAAAGGCGGGCAUGAAGAUACGGGUGGCCAUGUGUAACAUGAUCUUCAGGAAGGCCUUAUGUCUCAGCAACUCGGCCACAGGGAAAACGACCACGGGUCAGAUUGUCAACCUCCUCUCAAACGACGUCAGCAAGUUUGACGAUCUUACUAUUUUCCUGCACUACCUGUGGGUGGGGCCUAUCCAGGUAGCGGUGGUGGUCGCCCUUCUGUGGGGAGAAAUCGGCCCCUCGUGUUUGGUGGGAAUAGCACUCCUCAUCUUUCUGAUGCCCCUGCAAACCCAGUUUGGGAGGAUGUUCUCAGUUUACAGGAGCAGGACGGCGGUGCUCACCGACCACAGGAUUCGCACCAUGAACGAAGUGGUUACCGGCAUGCGCAUCAUCAAGAUGUACGCCUGGGAGAAGCCCUUCGCGGCCCUUGUUUCGGAGUACAGAACGGAGGAGAUCGUCAACUUGAUGAAGAGCUCCAUGCUGCGAGCCGCAAACAUGGCCACCUUCUUCUCGGCCAGCAAAAUCAUCGUUCUCCUCACCUUCGCUGUGUACGUGAUGCUGGGCAACACCAUCACGGCCAGCCGCGUGUUCGUCACCGUGUCGCUGUAUGGCGGCAUCCGCGUCACCGUCACGCUCUUCUUCCCCAGUGCCCUCGAGAGGCUCUUUGAGAGUCUCGUGAGCAUUGAACGGAUCCAGACCUUCCUGAAUCUAGAGGAAUUGCCCAAGAACACCAAUGUGUUCUGCCAGCCAAAGGAUGCCUCUGUGAUCAUCCAGGAACUCGUCUGCUACUGGGACAAGAACCAAGACGCACCCUCCCUCCAGAACGUCUCGUUGAGUGUCGGCUCGAGGCAGCUGGUGGCGGUGAUUGGACCUGUGGGCGCCGGAAAGUCCUCCCUGCUGAGUGCCAUCCUGGGGGAGCUGCCCCUUGACAAGGGGGUGCUCAAGGUGAAGGGGCAGCUGACCUACGCCUGCCAACAGCCCUGGGUGUUCCCCGGGACAAUCCGCGGAAACAUCCUGUUCGGCAAAGAGCUAGACCCCGCCAAGUACGAGAAGGUGCUGCGGGCCUGCGCCCUGAAGAGGGACAUGGAGCUGCUGCCAGACGGGGACCUGACUCUGAUCGGGGACCGGGGAGCCACACUCAGUGGGGGGCAGAAGGCUCGCGUCAACCUGGCCAGAGCUGUGUACCAGGAUGCUGACAUCUAUCUCCUUGACGACCCUCUCAGUGCCGUGGAUGGCGAGGUCGGGAGGCACCUGUUUGAAAAGUGUAUCUGUGGUAUUCUGAAGGACAAGCCCAGGAUCCUGGUCACCCAUCAGCUGCAGUACCUGAAAGCCGCCGACCAGAUCCUGGUUCUCAAGGAGGGUAACGUGGUGGCCCAGGGGGGGUAUACAGACCUGCAGAGGUCUGGACUGGACUUCACCUCUCUGCUGAAACACGAGGAGGAAGGGGAGGGGAAGUUGGAGGAGUUGGCACGCAGCCGAACAGUCUCCUGCAACUCCUCGCCCAAUGAAGAAGCAGACCAGCUGCCGGCAGAACGUACCCAAACAGCUGUGGAGGAGGGCCGAUCGCAGGGGAAUAUCAGCACGGACAUGUACUACAAGUACUUGCGUGCUGGAGCGAACAUCUUUGUUCUGGUAGUGCUCUUUGUGGUCAACAUAGUCGCUCAGGUGGCCUACAUCCUUCAGGACUGGUGGUUGUCUGAAUGGUCCGAUAGGCAAGGCAGCCUGACGGCCGACAUAAAUAACAACAUCACCAACGCCACCGAGGUGUUGGAUAUACCCUUUUACCUGGGAAUAUACGGAGGUCUGACUGCAGCCACGCUACUUUUUGGGCUUGUCAGGGCAAUGCUCUUCUUCUAUGUGCUGGUGAAGAGCACGGAGACCCUGCACAAACGCAUGUUCGACACCAUAUUGCGAGCGCCCGUGCACUUCUUCGACGUGAACCCCAUAGGCAGGGUUCUGAACCGGUUCUCCAAGGACAUCGGCCAGAUGGACGUGUUGCUACCCAUCACCUUUGUGGACGCCUUCCAGAUCAUUCUGCAGACGAUCGGUGUGAUUGUGGUUUCGGCGAUGGUCAUUCCCUGGAUCUUAAUCCUGGUCGUACCACUCCUCAUAAUCUUUUUGUUCCUCCGCCGCUACUUCCUGCAAACCUCCAGGGACAUAAAGCGACUUGAGGGGACCACUCGAAGUCCCGUGUUCUCCCACCUGUCCUCCUCGCUACAGGGCCUGUGGACCAUCAGGGCCUUCAGAGCCGAGCAGCGCUUCCAGAACGUGUUUGACGCCCACCAGGACCUGCACUCAGAGACCUGGUACCUGUUCCUGACCUCUUCCCGUUGGUUCGCCAUGCGCCUGGACCUGUUGUGCGCCGUCUUUGUCAUCAUCCUCAUAUAUGCCUGUGUGCUGCUCCGAGAUAACCUAGGUGCAGGGGAUGUGGGGCUGGCUUUGUCCUACGCAAUCACCCUCAUGGGGAUGUUCCAGUGGGGAGUCCGGCAGUCAGCGGAAGUGGAGAACUUGAUGACCUCAGUGGAGCGAGUGAUGGAGUACACAGAGCUGGAGAGCGAAGCACCAUGGGAAACCGAGAAGCGUCCCCCGCUUGACUGGCCGAGCCAAGGCCUGGUGACCUUCGACGGGGUCAACUUCUCCUACAGCGCCGACGGGCCGGUGGUCCUCCGUAACAUGAACGCCGCGUUCCUACCUAGGGAGAAGGUUGGCGUGGUGGGGAGAACCGGUGCUGGGAAGAGCUCCCUGGUGUCGGCCCUGUUCCGCCUGGCAGAACCCCAGGGGAAGAUCUACGUGGACGGAAUACUAACCUCUGAGCUCGGCCUCCACGACCUGCGCCAGAAGAUGUCCAUUAUUCCUCAGGAUCCUGUGCUAUUCACUGACACCAUGAGGAAGAACCUGGACCCUUUCAGCCAGCACUCUGAUGAAGAGCUCUGGAACUCUCUGCAGGAGGUUCAGCUGAAGUCUGUGGUGGAGGAGCUUCCCGCCAAGAUGGAGACGCUACUGGCCGAGUCGGGCUCCAACUUCAGCGUGGGCCAGAGGCAGCUGGUAUGUCUGGCCAGAGCCAUCCUGAGGAAGAACCGCAUUCUCAUCAUCGAUGAGGCCACGGCCAACGUCGACCCCAGGACGGACGAGCUGAUCCAGAGGACGAUCCGGGAAAAGUUCAGAGAUUGCACGGUGCUCACCAUCGCUCACAGGCUCAACACCAUCAUAGACAGCGACCGCAUCAUGGUGCUCGACGCGGGGGAGAUCCAGGCCUACGACGCGCCCUACACCCUCCUGCAAGACCCUGAGGGCAUCUUCUAUAAGAUGGUGCAGCAGACCGGCCAGCAGGAGGCAGAGGACCUCUUUGCCUCCGCGAAGCAGGCCUACGAGAACAAGAGUCAGCCCAGCAGCAAGCACGGCAGCACCACCAACGUGAUCCACGAGACGCCCAUGUAAAACCACUCAGCCAAUCUCUGCCUUCAUACAAGAGUGGCGGUGCUACACUAUAACAGUGCUUGCGGUAAUGACGGAAGAGUUGGGCUUUGAGAACAUGCGGCUCUUCUAAGCCACAAGUGGAACCAGGAUGUUCUCGGGUAUGGGAGUUCUUUCAAACCAAGUGUUAAUAGACACUGGUGUAAGAAAUGAAACAAAAACCAACUACACAACCUCAAAUUAUUAUUUACCUCAUCAAGGUGUUGUUGUUACGCGAAAUGGCUUCAUAGCUGGCUGCUGCUUUGUUAAGUGCCUUUACCACGUUUCAAGAUCAGUGAAAACUUUCCUUUUCACUUAAAUCUUUUCAAGGACAAUUGUGCGUUUUCAGUGCCUUGCUAUGGUUCUGAUCUCAAUCUCAGGUGAGGAAAAUAACCCUGAUGAAUGUAUUAAAUGCUAAGCCAUGUCACGGUCAACUAGAACAAGCUGUACCUACCCAUAAGUUGGGUGCAAGUUUAACAGCACCUCCUGUUGGCCAUGAUGUUGCCUGCAUGUCCUUAAGGUACGAACACACCAAACGCGUAACCGCGUAAAGAUGUACGCGCGUAACGCAGCUAAAAUGUUGCUUGACCAUUUUGUGUCAAAAAUUGUCCUACGUACGCAGCUACGCGCCUGUGGCUGCGCUGGAUUUAGGAGGAGUCCGAGGAAGGAAACCCAAACGCCGCCGUGUUUGGGUGCAUGAUAGAGCUUGGAUCGGGUUAGAUUAAAUAAUCUCGGAUAUAAAUAACAAUAAUCGGGUUAAAUAACUUCACAUGGUGUGUCUGGUGUGUUUCCAGCAUUCGUAGUGUUGAUCAGCAGAGAAAUAGUCCGCCAAGACGUUGAGGUUGCUUAGCAACCAGAGACUCUGUCCAUGCAAGUGAACGGAGCGUUCACUCUUCGUCAUAACUAUCAAACCAAACAUCCUUCACAUUCACCGAGCGAACAUUAUGAAAGUAAAAUGCACAUUUCUCGCUAAAAAUGUUUCCAUAAACGCAUUUAAUGGCGUAACUAUGUUACUAUUUCCACCCAGAAUAAAGAAAGAUGUCGGCCGUAUGCUUCUGUGCAAGUGUCACUACUCUCUGCCAGUGACGUCGGGUCAAGCUCCACGCUGAUUGGCUAUCGCGGCUAAGCAUCACGCGUAUGAGCGUAAAAAGUUCAAUUUUUUGAACUCCUCGCGUACACGCGUAUAUGUACACGCGUAUAUGUACACGCGUAUAUGUACGCAGCUCAUACGCCGCUAACGCGAGUAAAAUGUUGCUUUUACGCAUGUAACGCAUGUACGCGCCUCAUACGCGCGUAAACCAAUGGUUCCCUAUGGAAAAAUUGCCGAUUUUAUACGCGUCUUACGCGAGUAACGUGGUUGGUGUGGCCGUACCUUUAGAGUUGGUGAGGCCUGUGUUGUCUUAUUGUAAAAGCCUUUAAGCAAGCACAGCCAAAAAGUGAGAUUUUCCAAGACACAAUUAUCGUCCUACAUGCAUUUCUGCAAUUUGAGUUUCCGUUUGGAUUGUAAUUGUUAUUGUACUUUUAACAAAGAGAUUGAGCGAGAGAGAGUUACCCUUGAAUUCUCAACAAUCUAUAUGUAAAUGUUUUUCAGUAGCAUUUUAUUGUGAUGUUAAGAGAAAAAAAUAUAUUUUUAAGUUUAUGUAAAUGGAAGUAUGCUGAGACAAAUGUUGAAUGUAAUUGAGUAAUGCUCUGUUCACAACUGGUUGCAGUGUUGCCUUUCCAUACAUUUAUUUCAAUGGAAGAUGGAUGACUGAUAGUAACGGAUCCAUUGGAAAUCGGCGGAUAUGUUUGAAAAUGUCAAUACUAUAUUUGUGGUUGGGACUGAAAUCAACCAUAAAAGUCAUCCAACACAA